CUAGGCCAUCUUCGACUUACGAUAUUUUUGACUUACGAUGGGGUCGUCGUAACGCAUCUCCAUCGUAAGUCGAGGACUACCUGUAUUUUCACUGCUGGAAUGUGAAGACUUCCGCGGCCGUCACGCCGUGAGACACGGCACGAGCUGGUGUCGUGAUCGCCGUCUCUCCGCGCGUCUUUCACUGCUCAACACAAAGCAAACGCCUACAUUCAAUAGGUUUUAGAAAUAAUCAAGGAACAUACGGGCAUCGUGCAUAAGUUCACGGCUCAUGCCAAAGCUUUCCAGCUUGAGAGACGGAGGAACACGUGGAUUAGAGAACAUACGCAAGUUUCGGCAUUUUGAUAUUAACAGCAUGGACAUAUGCAUAACUGGAAAUAUUUUCAGGCAACAAACACAAAUCAUACAUUGUAUUGGUCUUAAUCCAUGCAGUGGUUAGGUCACUGAUGAACAUCAUAAUGAUGAUGGAUAGUUACUUGGGUCCACACCUCUUGGACCCCCACCCCACUCCAUUGUCCAACUUCCCCUAUCCCGGGGAGGCCCAAGGACCCCAAAGCCUGGCAGGGACACCCCAGGUGAGGCAGCUGUGGAGGCAAGUUUAUGCCGCACGUAAUGCGAUGGGACAUGCGAUAACGUCAUCCUGUUUUUGAAUCAUUUACUACAGCAGACAUGUGUCUGUUACAUCUCUACGUGUCUCUUGUGUAUCUACGGGAACAAAAAAUGAGCUACAGAAACACAGAUAAGAGGCACGUAGACACACCAUUUGGUGCAAGUGAGCUUGUGCAGGAUAUGUUGACUAAAAUAUAUGAUGGUCAAUGGUCAAGAAUUAUAUUUGAAUUUCAGCCAAGGAAUGGAACGCAUUUAAGAGGAUGUCCACCAAGGAUAUGGAGCAAUGAAAUCAACUCGUGUUGCAGUUGGGUAGCUGCUGGGAGUCAUUGAAAGUUGUUGGAAGCAUGUCGCAUUCACAGGCGAUUCGCAUCAUUUACAUCACCGUGGCCCAAGUGACAGGAAAAAACACAAACCAAGUGGAGGUGGCAGGGAAAAUUCGGAAUCAUGUGGAUUACGGAAAUGAUCCUUUAAGUGAAUCUAUUUUGAAAAAUAAAUCGGCUACAAAUGCAGAGAAGAUGUACAUGUGUGAGCAGUGUGGAAAAACAUUUUCAAGUCGGCGUACGUUAGCUGUUCACCAGAGAAUACAUGCAGGAGUGAAGCCAUACAUGUGCAAACAUUGUGAAAAGCGAUUUUCUCAAGGCCAACACCUGAAGGCUCAUUUGAGGACCCACACUGGAGAGAAGCCUUUUAUAUGUCAAGACUGUGGAAAGCGUUUUUCACUUAAAUCCACAUUGAAGACACAUUCGUUGACACAUUCUUUAGAGAAGCCAUUUGUUUGCAAUGACUGCGGAAAAGGGUUUUCAAAGGCUUCUUACAUGAAGGUUCAUCGGUUGACCCACACCGGAGAAAGGCCAUAUGCAUGCCAAGAUUGUGGCCAGAGGUUUUCUCAGCCUUCUUCCCUCAAAACACAUCAGUUCACGCACACUGGAGAAAGGCCAUUUAUAUGCGCAGAUUGUGGGAAAAGGUUUUUACAGGCAUCCACCCUGAAGGAACAUCAUAAAAUUCAUACUGGAGAGAGACCAUAUGUUUGCAAAGAGUGUGGGAAGAGUUUUUCAUAUUCCAGUGCCAUGACUGUUCAUCAAAAGACACAUACUGGAGAAAAACCUUUCAUAUGCAAAGAUUGUGGAAGGGGUUUUGCGCAAAAGCCUCACUUGAAAACCCACCAGCGGAUACACACCGGAGAGAAGCCAUAUGCAUGUAGUGUUUGUGGAAAAAGCUUUUCGCUAAAUUACAAUCUUAAAGCUCAUCAGAAGACUCAUCUUAAAGGAGAUUUAUGUGAACAAAACAAAUUACAAAGUGAAAAUGUUGAUGCUGUCCAGGUUAUGUCCAUCCAAAAAGAGAAUUUUCAGUAUGAUGAAGGUAAUGUUGGACGUAAAGAAAUUUCAUAUUCACAGGAAAUCCAAGUAGCUUGUCCGAUGUGGGAAGAUGAGAAAACGAAGAACACCAGACAAGCAGAGGAAUCGCAUGAUGUUGAAAGUGGAAAGUUGGCUGAACAUUCAAACCAUCAGACCCAAGGGUCUCAAAGUGCAGACACUGUAUGUGAGCAAGUUGUCUCAACAGAGUGUGCUGUCGUAGAGAUAUCACUCGUGUCAGGCCUGGAGUGUAAAACUACUGAUGUGGACGUUGUCAAUUGUGAAGAGAUGCUGGAAACACAUGGUGCAUGUGCUACUCAGCAACUGUGGACAGAGGUGAAGAAAAUAGAAAAGAGCAGCAACGAGGCUGCCAAGAGGACACUCGUUGAGGAAGAGUAUGAGAAGGAGCUAUUAGAUGGUUCUAUUCUGAAUGCAAAUGGUGAAAAUGUUACAAAAAGGCCUUACAUGUGUGAGCAUUGUGGUAAGAGGUUUUCUGAUAAACGUACAUUAGUUGUUCAUAUGAGGACGCAUACUGGAGUGAAACCAUAUAUUUGCACACACUGUGGAAAUAAAUUCUCUCAAGGUCAGCACCUGAAGGCUCAUAAAAGAAUACAUACUGGAGAGAGGCCUUUUAUAUGCAAGAUAUGUGGGAAAGGAUUUGCAUUGAAAUCCACGUUGAAGACACAUGAAUUUACACAUAGUGUAGAGAAACCGUUUAUUUGCAAACAUUGUGGAAAAGGAUAUUCACUCAAGUCUACCUUAAAAAAUCAUGAAAUUGUACAUUCUGGAGAGAAGCCAUUUCUCUGCAAGGAAUGCGGAAAAGGAUUUUCACAGGGAUCAUCUCUAAAAAAUCAUAAAUUGACUCACGAUGGUGAACAGCCAUUUAUUUGUCAGGAAUGUGGAAGGAGGUUCUCACAAACAUCUUCUCUGAAGACUCAUCAGUUGCUGCACACUGGAGAAAAGACAUUUCUUUGCCCGGAUUGUGGAAAGAGAUUUUCAUUUCCUUCUUCUCUGAAACAACAUCAACAGAUGCACAGUAGUGAACGACCAUUUAUCUGUAAGGAGUGUGGGAAGAGUUUUUCAUACUAUAGUAACUUAAAGGUCCAUCAGAAAACACAUACUGGAGAUAAACCUUUUACAUGCACACUAUGUGGCAGGGGUUUUUCACAAAAACCUCAUCUCAAGUCCCAUCAGAGGACACACACUGGAGAAAAACCGUAUGAAUGCCAAGAUUGUGGAAAGUAUUUUUCAUUAAAUUGCAACCUGAAGGUCCAUAAGAAGACUCACAAACGACAUAUAAGUCUGUAAGAAUCUUUAAGAACGCACUGUCCUUAAUCACUGGCAUAUCCUUCCUGGCUCUCAGGCUCUCUCCAUCACCCCAGACUUACACAGGAAAACCUUACCGAUCGUGAUUUUAUUAAACGCUUGUUUCAGAUAUAAAUGGUUUAAUAAGGUCUGUUUUCCGAACCACAGGGUGAUGUUUCGGCUAUACGUGGUUUGACAUUGCCAAGAUUAUUGUUCGGCUUGCGAGACGUGCGUGCUGUAUCCGUUGAAAGUCACUUAAGGUGUGAAUUAAUCGACUGUGAAAACUAUUCAGCGUGUGUUUUUGUGUGUACGUUUUUGUAUUUUCUUUGCGUGCGAUAAUCUAACGCAACACUCACGCGCAAUGCAAAUGUUCACACAUUGGUGCAUGCAUAUAGCCGUCCACUCGUUGAGUACGUCAACCAUACGGGAUACCGAGAUGGCAAAGCAUUCACGUUCAAGUAACAGUGUUGGGGGGGGGGGGGAGCGUCGGGCCGGCAAAUUCAGUGCCAAGGGCGAGCGUUGGGCAUACGAUUGCUGCAGUGCCGGAAGAGUAAUGGAGACGGGGGUUUUAUGUUGAGGUGAAAUUGAACGAGUACGUACUCAAGUAAUAGAGAGCGACUCUGCAUCCUUUAUUACAAUUACAAGGGCAGGCAUCGUGUAGAAUUAGUUAAGCAAAGAGGGAGGGGGUGAUCAUUUCGAAAUCCGGAACAUACUCCUAUUUAUCUCAACAGCUCUUGUCGAAUAUAACUCCUGCGUUUGGCGAGGUUUUCCCGUUUAUUCUUUCAAAUGUGCAAAUAAUUACGUAUGCAGUAAAACUUCUCGUGGCUGAACAGGGUGAAAUCAGAAUUCGAGCCAUGCUGAUUUGUUUUUUCAGCCAUUGCUGUGCGUGGAAGGAUGUGGUAUUCUGUGCAAGGUCCUUGAGACCAUGGGUUCACCGAAUGUUUCAGUCUAUCACUUUGUCUGCUAGUAGUGACCUUACGCUUUCUCAUUUUUGGAUAUUACUUUUCCUAAAACAUUACAACGUUCAAUUGGGUUUUUUUUAAUUGUCAAGAGUUAAUAGUUAUUAAUAUUUAAAUGUUACGUAUAUUUAAUUCGUAUUUCGUAAAAUUGCUGUUAAUUAUUUACAGUAUACUGGAAAAAUACCAUUACCACUUAAUAUUUCGUCUGUUUUUGAGAGAUUCCCACUGAUAUUAACGCUAAUAAAUGGGAAACAUUAUGAAAGUACAGCGCAUUCUUGAAGUUUAAAAAUAAAAUACAUUGUAUUUCCAACCUUUUUCGCUGUAAUGAUAGAAGCAUAAUAAUCUGAAGCCAUAUAGACUUAUUUUUACGUAUAUCAAUUCUGUAGUGUAAUGCAUGCUACCAUUACUAUUUUAAAUAGUUUUAACAUGCUCAUACAGCUUUAAAAAUGUUCCAUGAACAAUAUUUUUUGGGUAAAUACAUUAAUUAUUACGUACAAAAUAAUGUCGAAAUAAUAGUGAAA